AUGGGUGUUGGACCCUCCUGCGCCCCUUCUUCGGCUUGUUGCACGCCCGGAGAGGAACCUGGUGCCGUGGAAGGGGUGGAGGCGGAAUCAAAGCUCGGGCAACUUGAGCAAAUUCCUGCCAUAAAGUAUGGCGAGGAUCCUGCGGUUGAUGCUGAGACUGGCGGACUUUAUCGCAGCUGCACGUAUUCCACCUUGAUGGAGAUACCGGACUUGCCCACCCGUGGAAGUUCAGGGGCGACUAUCGGGAUGAGCAAGACGGAGCGCCACACAUUGGGGAGGUAUUCCCACAUCGACAUGGGAGUGGCACGUGGCAUGUCCUUGCGAAAAUCACUUGAGGGUUUCGGUCGCCUCUGGAGAUACAACCCCGCUACAUGGGCAGACGAAGACCGCAUGAGCCUGUACAACAUGUCCACAAGGGUGACGCAUUUCCAGGCGUUCGUUUCUCACACUUGGCGAAGCCCUGGAAGAUGGAAAAUCCUGUCCCUGUCCCUCCAAUGCGGCUGGCACUACGGAUUGGUCUCCUGGCUUUUCGCCGCAACACUGUGCACCGCUCUUUGCCUGGCAGAUGUUCUGCCAAUGCCGCUGAUAUACCGGGCGAACAUCAUGGGCUUCGUCGAUGUUUGUCCGAUGGGCUUCUGGAUCAUGACUUGCAGCUGUCUGGCGACGGGGCUGGGGCUGAUGUCUACCCCGCUUUGGCCAGAUAGGUGUGGCCGCAGCACGGACACUUGCUUCAUUGAUGUGGCGAGCAUUCACCAGGUGGACAAGACGUUGAUGGAGCGAGGCGUGUUUGGAAUUGCAGGAUUCUUGAGCGUUUCGUCUGAGAUGCGAAUUCUCUGGAGCGCGCCGUACCUCUCUCGUGUCUCGGUGGAUCUUCCCUGCGUUUAG